AUGGAACCGAAGCAACUGAAAUCUAUAGCUACCCGAGAGCACCGCCCCAAUGCAGGUCUGCGCGUUGCAGUGGAGUCAGGAGGAUGUCACGGCUACCAGUAUACAAUGGAGCUUGCUUCUGAACGACAUGCAGAAGACUACCAUUUCACACAUCCCGCUAUAACUCCAUCAAAUAUCUAUAUCGACGCUGUCUCACUCGGACUUCUCAAUGGCUCUACAAUAGAUUUCGCUACUGAGCUCAUCGGGAGUUCGUUUCGCAUCGCGGCGAACCCGCAGGCGAAGGGUGGAUGCGGCUGCGGCAUUAGCUGGGAGAUGAAAGAUUAA